AUGCACCCAGAAUAUUUCAUUGAUUGGUUGGCUACCGUUGAACGAGUCUUCGACUUCAAGAACAUUUUCGAAGAAAAGAAGGUGAAGUUAGUCGCCAUCAAAUUGAAAAAACAUGCUUCAAUUUGGUGGGAGAACUUGAAGAGGCGUCGAGAACGUGAAGGAAAACGGAGGAUUGUGACGUGGAAAAAGAUGAAACCGGAGCUCAAGAAGAAAUUUCUUCCCGUAAGCUACAAGCAAGAUAUUUUCUCUCGGCUCUACAACUUCAAGCAAGAGGAGUUGACCGUAGAGGAAUACACCGCGGAGUUUGAGCAUCUCAUGAUGAAGUGCGAUCUCGUGAAGCCCGAGGAACAAACCAUUGCUCGGUACCUUGGCGGUCUUCGAUCCGAGAUUCGUAACGUGGUCCAAUUGCAACCUUAUUGGACUUUCGAGGAUGUUUGCAAGCUGGCCGUUCGUGUGGAGAAGCAAUCUAAGGAGAAGAGUACUCAUAAGACCUUGGGAAGAGACAGGGUCUCUAACUGGGGGAGUGCUCCGACUCCGAAGUCAUCAUCGACUGGUAAGGCUUCUUCUUCCAAGGCUAUACCCGCACAAGGUGGCACUUCUCGCAACACUUCAAGCACGAUAUCAAAACAAUGCUUUAAGUGUCGAGGAUUUGGUCACAUCGCUUCCGAGUGCCCGAAUCAGAAGAUCAUUUCCUUAGUGGAGGAAGCUAAUGAUGAGCCGGUGUACGACACUUACGACGACGAGGAGAAUGAGGUUGAGCAAGAAGAGGUCACUUAUGGUGAUCAAGGGAAGGCUCUCGUCGUUCAACGCAUCUUGAAGUCCGCACAUGUUGAGGAUGAUAAGUGGUUGCAGCAUAACAUCUUCCACACCCAAUGCACUUCCCAUGGCAAAGUGUGCACGGUCAUUAUCGAUAGUGGGAGUUGUGAGAAUGUCAUUUCCACUACCAUGGUGGAAAAGUUGCACCUCAAGGUGGAGCCUCAUCCGGAUCCGUACAAGCUCUCUUGGCUCAAGAAAGAUAACGACGUUCAUGUCAAUAAACGUUGCUUGGUGCAAUUCUCUAUUGGCACGCAUUAUAAGGAUGAGAUUAUGUGCGAUGUGGUUCCCAUGAAUGCGUGUCAUUUACUUCUUGGACAGCCGUGGUUAUAUGAUCGAAGGGUGAUUUAUGAUGGCUUUAAGAACACCUACUCCUUUGUUAAGGAAGGUGUCAAGAUUAUUCUAGCACCUUGUAGAAUGGAGGACAAGUCUAAGGCCGUCACAGGAGAAGGAAGUUCUUAUCUUUCCAAAUCUCAAUUUCUCCAAGUCUUGGAUCGUUCUUCGAAGGCUUCUGCACUCAUGCUCUUGGAGGAGAAUGAAGAACUAGGGGAUAUUCCACCCGUAGUGAAGUCUUUGCUUGAAAAAUUUCGAAAUGUGGUGCCCGAUGAGAUUCCGUCGGGACUUCCUCCCAUGCGGGAUAUCCAACAUCAUAUUGAUUUGGUGCCCGGGGCUGCUAUCCCAAGUAAGGCAGCAUAUCGAAUGAGUCCAAAGGAACAUGAGGAGCUUUAA